GGAGCCGAUGCUCACUCGGAAGGUUGGAUAAGAAACACAGGAAAUACAGCAGAGGUCGCUUACUACCGGUCUACUGUGCUUUCAACUCACGCUUUAUUUGUAUGUCAUGGUUUAUUUUCCAAGAGCGCAUCGUUUCGGUAGGGCACCACAGUGAAAUGGAUUUUGAACGACGACAGUAAGGAUUUUGUUAUCAUGUUAUUGAAUAUUCAAUUGAAAACUUCAUCACCUGUCCUCAUUGCCGGACAAGAAAGCGUCGAAGUAACUCUAUGCUAUACUAAAACAAUGGUGGGAGGUUGAUUGUAUACAUACAUUAAUACAUCAUGCCACUGUCAGACAUUCUGGACAGUCUGAAGGACAACCCCUACUUCGGGGCUGGUUUUGGACUGGUCGGGGUCGGAACCGCCUUGGCGUUGGCCAGGAAAGGAGCCCAGGUCGGGAUGGUGUUUUUCCGCAGGCACUACAUGAUCACGCUGGAGGUUCCCAGCAAGGAUAAGAGCUACCACUGGCUCCUGAGUUGGAUCACCAAGCACGCCACUCGAACUCAGCACCUGAGCGUGGAGACGUCCUACAUGGCGCACGAAAGCGGACGCGUUCAAACCCAGUUCGACUUCCAUCCCAGCCCGGGAAACCACAUCAUCUGGUAUGGCCGGAAGUGGAUCAGGGUGGAGAGGACCAGAGAGAAACAGAUGAUUGACAUGCACACGGGUACCCCGUGGGAGUCAGUCACGUUUACCGCGUUGGGCCGAGACCGAAAAGUCUUCUUCAAUAUCUUACAAGAAGCCAGGGAGUUGGCACUGAAACAGGAGGAAGGACGGACGGUGAUGUACACAGCCAUGGGAGCCGAGUGGCGACCCUUUGGGUUUCCGCGGCGACGCAGACCCCUUAGCUCCGUGGUGCUGGAGACGGGUGUGGCCGAAAGGAUCGUGGAUGAUGUGAAGGAGUUUAUUGGAAACCCGAAGUGGUACACGGAUCGAGGCAUCCCAUACAGGAGAGGAUAUCUGCUGUAUGGACCCCCAGGAUGUGGAAAAAGCAGCUUUAUCACGGCUCUGGCCGGCGAGCUGGGCUACAGCAUUUGUUUGAUGAGUCUGAGCGACCGCUCGCUUUCGGAUGACCGUCUCAACCACCUGUUGAGCGUGGCACCGCAGCAAAGUAUCAUUCUGCUGGAGGACGUGGACGCCGCCUUCGUUAGCCGAGAGCUGCUUCCAACAGAGAAUCCUUUAGCCUACCAGGGAAUGGGAAGGCUGACUUUCAGUGGCCUGCUGAACUCUCUGGAUGGAGUGGCUUCAUCCGAGGCCAGAAUUGUAUUCAUGACCACCAACUAUAUCGACAGGUUAGAUUCUGCACUAAUCCGGCCUGGCCGUGUGGAUCUCAAGCAGUACAUUGGCCACUGUACCCACUGGCAGCUCAGCCAGAUGUUUAGACGCUUCUAUCCGGACCAAGCCGUCUCACAGGGUGAACGUUUUGCGACAUGUGCACUGGCGACCCGCACGGAAAUCAGUGCCGCUCAGGUUCAAGGACACUUUCUGCUGCACAAAAUGGACCCUGUGGGAUCGAUAGAAAACAUCGCCCAAAUAAAAGAAUGACAGAAGGAUUUUUUUUAAUGACUGUAACUUGAGGGGGAAAACAAUGAGUAACAGACUCUACAUUGGCUAUUGGCGAACAAACAAUGCUUGAUCGUGAAAAAAAGUGAGAUUGGUCCUGUAAUAACAUUUUGUGCAGAAGUUUUUAUGUACCAUUCAUUCUGUUUUCAAGUGUUUUUUUAAAAUGACAAUCAUGAUUCAAACUGUUGAAACUCAA